GUUGAAGUUAGUGUAAUUUGAAGGCCUAAACUAAAAAGAUUAGACCCUUGAAGAAAGCCAAAUUAUAUUAGCUAGCUAGCUAGCAUGAAGAGUUCACUUGGAUUUCCAAUUUGUGUAAAUAAAAAUAAGGCUUAUAUUGGAAUUAUCCUUAUACAAUUUAUCAAUGCAGGCACGGCCUUGCUCUCCAAGGCUGCACUUGUUAGAGGAAUGAAUUCUUAUGUGUUUGUUUUUUAUCGGAAUGCUGUUGCCACACUUGUGUUAGCUCCAUUCGCUUUUUUCCUCGAAAGUAACAAGUCAGCCCCUCUAUCAUACAACUUACUCUGCAAGAUUUUCUUUGUUGCUUUAGUUGGGUUCACUGUCUGUCUUAAUCUCUUCAAUUUCGCUUUAAAAUACACCACUGCAACAUAUGCUUCUGCCAGCAUGAACACAAUUCCGGCCAUUACAUUUAUCAUGGCAGUUUUCUCAAGGAUGGAAAGAAUUUCUCUGAGGCAAUGGUAUGGAAGAGCCAAAGUGUUGGGUUCUAUGAUGGUUCUUUCUGGGGCUAUGGUGAUAAUACUUGUUAAGGGGCCUCCUAUUUAUUCAGGCACCCAGAAAGGAGCUUCAAACGCAUCAAUAAACCAUAUUUCCAGAGGAAACUGGAUAAAAGGCUGUCUAAUCAUGCUCUCAGCCAACAUAACAUGGUCCACGUGGCUUAUUUUGCAGGCCCCCAUUGUGAAGCAAUAUCCAUCCACACUACGUCUUGCAACUCUACAGUACUUCUUUAGCAGCAUACAAUCAGCAAUAUGGGCGGUCGCGAUGGACAGGAAGAUAUCAUCAUGGAAGCUUGGUUGGGAUGUGAAUCUUAUCUCCGUGCUGUUUUGUGUUGGGUUAUCCUGUUUCAGUGAUGCAGACUAUGAUGGGUCCAAGACUGACAGACGUUCCACAUUUGGCUUUUGUACUUUUUAUGGAGACUAUCUUAUAUCUUGGAAAAGUAAGAAACAACCUAUAGUUUCGAGAUCUUCAGCAGAGGAUGAGUAUCGUGCCAUGGCUCAAGAUUCUAUUCUUCAUGAGAGGACUAAACAUAUAGAGGUGGACAUUCAUUUUAUUAAAAAGAAGGCUCGUUCGGAAAUUAUCAAGUCGUGCUUUGUUCGUUCCUUUAAUCAGUCGCCUGAUGUAUUCACCAAAUCUGUUGGUCCAUUUUUGUUUCAAUCCUUGAUUACCAAGCUGGGCUUGAUUGAUAUCUUCACUCCAGCUUGAGGGGGAGUGUUAAAAUAUCUUUAUUUUUUUUUAUUAGCUAUUUUUAGCCUUUUAUUAGGUGUUUUAUGUAAGAUCCCUAUAAUCAUGGGAUCCUGUAGAUAAAAUCCCCAUAAUUAUGGGAUCACGUAGAUUUUGGCAUAUUUUCUGUCUUUCUUUGAUUUGGUUUCCUUUCUUUAUACUCUAUUCUUGUAUAUAAAUAUAGAUCUUGGCUCUCGGUUUGAAUAAGCCAAAACCCAAAACUUCUUCUUUUGUCUCCAUUCCCGCUCCCUGACAGUAAUUUGUUUCCCUUAGUAAGAAGCACACACCUAUUUACUCCUAUGGGGACUUAAACCCUCACCAUCCACUUUGGGAGGUAGAUGAGAUACCACUAGGCCACAUGGUCGUUGGUUCUUUAAUUGUAAUUUAUGUAUUAAAUUUAGUAGUGAUAAGCCUAAAGACUACAACAACAAAUAUUAAACAAUUCCCAUGUUCUUUUAUUAAAAUUAUUGUACUAGUAACUAGUUGUUUUGGAUAGUAAUGUAAAUAAAUAAAGUUAAUCUAAUCUAUAAGUUAUUGAGCUUAUUUCUUUGUGGGCUUAGUUCAAGUUCGUGGUUUGGCUUGACACAUUAGAUUGUGAAAAGUAUUAAUUAUAUUUUAAUACUUCUUUCAUCAAUAAUAAUGAGUAUGUAACUUAUUAAAAUAAUAAAAAUAAAAACUAUUAGGAAUUUUCAUAUUAACCUUAUGAGUUUAACGUACCAUUGUUCAAACUCAAGUCAUGUAAUAAAUGACUUCGUGAUUAAUUACUUAAUACUUAAAUUCGACUAUCUCACGUGAUGAACAAACAAUAUUCAAGUUUUAGAAAAGCUAAGUCCAAAAUAAUAAUGUUCAUGAAUAACUCGAGUCAUACCCAUAAAUGAAAUUUAUAUAUUGUUAUUCUUAUUGUUGUGAUCAUGAUUGAUUGUUAUAUUACAUACUUAAUACUUGCUAAAGGUAAAUUGUAAAAGUUGUUAUAGCAUCAACAUAGAGAAGUCCAGCAUGCAUGCUUAUUUGCAUACUAUUUCCACCUCUACCUUCAUAUAAUAUAUAU